AUGUUGACGAAGAUAGACGAUGAUCGCCUGCAAAAGCGGUCAAAUGUAACAGACAACAAUCCAAAACACAAAACGAAUUCUGAAGAAGAUUUGAUUAGACAGCUCUCCAUUUUGAUGCUCUGUAUCUCAACAAAAUCCGCACUAGCGCUGACACUUGUCAUCCUUCUAUGCCUACAGACCACUACUGCGUCGCCCCAGAAUAGUAGCAAUGCAGACGACGAAGAAAUGGUAGUGGAGUACUACAACAACACUCUCGGACGCAACGUCAUGGACGGUGGAGGGCUACGGAUUGAGAUGGCCUCGUCUGCUCCUCAACAGCUCCUUCGUCAUCUGCCAACCCGAUGCUGCUUUAGUAACAUCUUCAUGAUCCUCCUUCUCCUCCGACUCCACUCCUUCUGA